AUGAAUAUAAAUCAAUUCCCAAAAAAUUGUUAAGAAAGAUUAGCUGAUUUAGAAGCUCGUAUUCUUAAGAAACCUAAAAUUGAAAUUCUUCAAUAAUUCUAAAAAGAAAGCAUUUCUUCAUUUGAAAUUUAAGGUAGCAAUUUUAUUAUCUGUUUUUUAGGUAAAUAGUCAAAAAAAUCUGUGUGUGAUUAGACACUUCAAAAAUAAUUACAAAUUACUUAGUUUACUAAAAAUGUUUAAAAUAAAUAACAAAAUAAUUAAUAUAAAAAAGACUCUGUAAUAGGAGAAAUUAUUGAUCCUAAUGUGAUUGAUUCACUUAAAAAAAGCUUAAAUGAAUUAGCUAUAAAGGAUUCACAUGUCAAGUAAUUAGAGUAACAGAUUUAAAACUUAACAUUAUAAAUUUAAGUAUAAAAAAUAUAUCAAAUAGAAUUUUAAAACUUCAUCAUUUAAAUAUGAUGCUGUAAUUAAAGCAUUUGCAAUUGAAUUAGAUUAACAUCAAAGGAUUGAAAGGAAAUUGUCGAUUGAAAAUUAUAGAAAAAAAUUUGGAUAAUAUUAAUAUGUUAGAGAAAAAACAAAAAUAAAAUCAGUAUGGGUAGAUAGUAGGGAAAGUAUUGAUCUUAAACAGAAAAUAAAAAAUCUUGAAUAAUAAUUAAAUGAAUAUGAUGAUUAAAGCAAGUAAUUGAAGAUUACGACAUAAAGAGAAACAUUAAAUUAUUUAAUUCUCUAAAGAGAAAAGGAAUGCCUAUAGAAAUAAUUAAAUAUGUUGGAGAAUGAAAAACUAUUAUUCCUUAAAGAGUUGAAAUUAGAUUAUGAUGAAUAGCAUGCUUUAUUCAAAAGGUCAGAUUAAUAUCCUGUAAUAGGAGAGAGAUAUGUUUUAUUGUCACUUUUAGGCAAGGGAGAUUUUAGUGAAAUUUACAAGGUAUUUAAUUUGAUAGUAAAUUGUUAGGGUUAUGAUUUAAAAGAAAUGAAAAAUGUAGCCUGUAAAAUAUAUUAAGUAAAUUAAAAUUGGACCAUUAAUUCAAAAUCAUAUUAUGUUAAUUUAGUAACUAAAGAGUUUAAGGUGCAUAAAUAAUUAUAACAUCCAAAUAUUUUAAAAUUACUUGAUUCUGUUGAGAUUGAUUCUAACACAUUUUGCACAAUAUUAGAAUAUUGUAAUGGAUCAGAUUUAUCAUUUUUCAUGAAGAAAUAUUGUAGUAUAUAAGAGAGAGAAGCAAAAUUAAUUAUUUAAUAGUUGCUUGAAGCAGUAAAAUAUAUUCAUAUGAAUAAAAUUAUCCAUUAUGAUAUAAAACCUUAAAAUAUCUUAUUAAAUUAGAAUGAUGUGAAACUUUGUGAUUUUGGAUAAUGCAAAGAGUUAGAAAAAGAAGAUUCUUAAUUGGAAUAUAAAACUUAGGCAAUUGGAACUUAUUGGUAUUCACCACCAGAAUGUUUUCUUCAAGGAAAUAAUGCUUUAUUGAUUUCAAGCAAGAUUGAUAUUUGGUCAAUUGGUGUUAUCUUUUUUGAAAUGUUAUAUGGAAUAAAGCCAUUUGGUGAUGUUGAAAAUUAAGAAAUAAUAAUGAAAUAAAAAGUAUGUAUAAUAAAAUAGUAGAUAAAUUCAAAUUAUGAGGGUCUAAAGUUUCCAAACAAACCAGCUUUGACAAAUGAUUGCAAGGAAUUUAUCAAAGGAUGCUUAAGCUAUAACUAAAGAGAUAGAUUUGACAUUCAUUAAGCAUACAAUCAUCCAUAUAUAAGAAAAUGA